AUGGCAUCCGAAUCUGUGAAUCCGGAGCCAGAUGGCGAGAAUCGAGAGGUUAUUCGCCAGUUCGUCAAAAAGGUCAGGGAACACAGAGAAAUCGACAACCGUUUGAAAAAACUACGAGCGGACAUUAAAGCUCUGGGCAUUAAGGAUGACCAAACAGAAGACGAUCUGAAAGCCUUGCAAAGUAUCGGUCAGAUCGUGGGCCACGUAUUGCGUGCCAUAGACCACGGAAAGUUUCUUGUCAAAGCAUCUAGUGGACCCCGAUAUGUAGUAUACUGUAAGACCAAGAUCGACCCUUCGACGUUGGUUCCUGGAUCACGUGUGGCGUUGGAUAUGACUACCCUGACGAUAAUGCGAAAGCUCCCCAGAGAAGUAAACCCAGUGGUUUUCAACAUGUUAAAUGAAUCCAUAAGCGCGAAAGAGGAGAAGCAGACCCUGGGAUACCACAGCAUCGGCGGUCUUGACAAACAGAUCCGUGAGAUGCGUGAGUCCAUCGAGUUGCCUCUUAGGAAUCCGUUCCUUUUCAAGCGUGUGGGCGUAAAACCGCCGAAAGGGGUUUUGCUGUACGGACCUCCUGGAACGGGCAAAACACUGAUGGCUAAGGCUCUUGCGGCGUCCAUGGAUUGCCACUUUUUGAAGGUUGUGGCGUCUGCUGUCGUUGACAAAUAUAUUGGAGAGUCUGCAAGGAUCAUUAGAGAGAUGUUUGGUUACGCAAAGGACCAUCAACCGUGCAUCAUAUUCAUGGACGAGAUCGAUGCCAUCGGAGGAAAGCGUUUUUCGCAGGGAACAUCGGCAGAUCGUGAAAUCCAGCGCACGUUGAUGGAGUUACUCACCCAUCUCGACGGCUUUGACGAUCUUGGCCAGGUCAAGAUAAUCAUGGCCACCAAUAGACCUGACGUGUUGGAUCCCGCACUCAUGCGUCCAGGGCGCAUAGAUCGCAAGAUAGAAAUCCCCCUUCCCAAUGAGUCUUCUCGGGUGGAUAUUCUGAAAAUCCACAGCAGCAAGCUGAACAAAAAGGGCAGUAUUGACUAUGUAGCUGUCUGCCGCCUUUGUGACGGAUUUAAUGGCGCUGACAUGCGGAACAUAUGUACGGAGGCUGGCAUUUUUGCCAUUCGUGCAAUGCGAGAUUACGUAGUCGAGGAAGACUUCUUCAAGGCUGCCAGAAAGCUGACGGAGACAAAGAAGUUGGAGGGCACUUUGAACUACGAGAAGGUGUGA